AUGGACGAGAGCAAGCUGGAGCGACUGCGGCCAGUCGGCUGCCUGGAGAAAUACUCGACGGCUCGCAAUCCGCCCCGGUUCUACACCAACGUCGCGGUGACGGCGAGCUAUGUGCUGCCGGCGGGCUGCGCGCUGACGGUCAGGAACUGCGUCUACGGGGCCCUCGAGAAACUGAUAGACGAGCAUCCGGCGCUCUCAGCCAUCCCGCUGGGCGAGGACUCGCUCGAUCCGUACUUUGUGCGCCUGCCAGAGGUCGAGCUUGACCGGUGCGUCUCGUUCAGGGAGAGGAAAGCAGUGGCUGCCGGGGACGGGGAGAGGGAUACGGAGCUGGACGGGCUGCUGAACGAACAGCACAAUAUAUCCUUUGCAGCUCCCUUGCCGUACUGGAGACUGUGCAUCCUGACCGAGCCGCAGGAAGGACGGCGGUUCACUGCUGCCUACGUCUGGCAUCAUGCCAUUGGGGACGGGACGUCGGGGAAGGCCUUCCACAGGACACUCCUGGCAGCCCUGGGGAGUAUCUGCUCCGGCCCCCUUCCUGCUGCAUCGGCGGCUGUGAAGAGCGUGGUUGUGCCUCCCAGGACGCCGCUGCUGCCGUCUCUCGAGGAGGCCUGUCCGAUGCCGCUGUCCUUCUUCUUCAUCCUCUGGACCCUUUUCCGUGCAAAGGUGUGGAAGCCAGCGCGAGAUCCGGGCCUCUGGACGGGAUCCAAGACGUUCACUCCCUUGCACAACACCGUCCGCCAUCUCGUCGUGUCCGAGCGGGAGACGGCGGCCUUUCGAGAUGCGUGCCGGGAGAACAGGACGACCGUCACGGCUGGCUUGCAGGUGUUGCUCGCCCAGGCCCUGUUCAAACACCUUCCGGCGCAGUACACCAAGCUGGCCAGCGAGGGAGCCAUCUCUGCCCGGCGCUGGCUGACGGACGGCCGCAUCACAGACGACUCGAUCGGCGUCUGGGUCCAGGUCUACCACGAGCACUACAGCAGGCACGACAACGAUGCAUUCUCCUGGGACGAAGCCAGGCGGGCCAAGCAGACGAUUGACACAGCGCUGAGCCGCCGGGGGAGCAACAGCCCGGUUGGCAUGCUCAAGUAUGUGAAGGACUAUGUCAAGGAGAUCUUCCUGCCCAAGCUCGGCCAGGAGCGAGAGCUGAGCUUCGAAGUGUCCAACAUCGGCGUCUUUACAGCAGAUCCAUCAGAGGAAGCAGACCCAGCAGAGGCAGAUACAAGACCCCGGAUCGAGAGGAUGGUCUUUACGCAGAGCGUCAAUGUCUUUGGAUGCGCCAUCUCGACCUCUGUCAUCACCGGCGCCGACGGCUGUCUCGUCCUGGGCUUCUCCUGGCAACGGGGGGUCGUCGAGGACAGCCUGAUGGACUCUUUUCUAGCCUCAGUCAAGCAGGCCUUUGCUCUUUAA